AUGCUGCAGCCAGAGGGUCCCCAGGCCUUAGAGGAGGGGACAGCCGCUGGCAUGUGGCGGAGUGACUGCGUCAUCUGUUACUCGGCCUAUGACCUCUCCAGGCACCUGCCCCGCCGCCUCUACUGCGGCCACACCUUCUGCCAGGCGUGCGUGCGGCGGCUGGACACACCAGCACUCGAGCAGCGCUGGAUCCCCUGCCCCCAGUGCCGCCAGAGCACGCCCAUGCCCCGCGGAGGGGUGGCCAUGCUGGACCUUGACCUGGCCGCCUUCCUGGCAGUCAAGGCUGAGCGGGAGCCAUCAAGAGUGGAGUCCUGGGCCCCAGCACCCCUCAAAGGCAGCGCCACCAUCACGCAGCAGCCAUCCAGGCUCUGCCCCACCUUGGGCCCCCAGCCUCACUUCUCCCGGCCCAGAUGCUGCUACUGGGGCUGUGGCAGCCUCUGCUGGGACCCCCAGGGCAGACCUGGGGUCUGA